CACAACGCCCUCUAACAAAACAUUUGCUUCAAUUUUUAGUCUUUAUCUCCCACACAUUACCAUCAAAACUUUUUCAACUUUCUCUCUCUCACAACCUGUGCUAUCACUAAUAACUAUAAGUUUUAAUUAUCUUUAGCGGCUGCAUUUUUUUACUAGCUCGCUAUAUAUCUUUACUGCAUAUCAUUCAAAUGGAUCGCGUUGCAAAAUUGGCAUCACAGAAGGCAGUGGUGAUAUUCAGUAAGAGUUCUUGAUGCAUGUGCCAUGCAAUCAAGAGACUGUUUUACGAUCAAGGGGUAAGUCCUGCAAUUUAUGAACUGGAUGAGGACAGUCGAGGCAAAGAAAUGGAAUGGGCCCUCCUGAGGCUAGGGUGCAACCCUUCAGUCCCAGCUGUGUUCAUUGGGGGAAAAUUUGUAGGCUCCGCUAACACAGUCAUGACCCUUCAGCUCAAUGGCUCCUUGAAGAAACUGCUCAAAGAUGCUGGUGCUUUGUGGCUUUAGUGACAAUAUUAAUUAACUCAGCCAAACCCAUAAAAUCUAGUUAAGUUUCGAAUAUAAGCUUAACCUAAUUAGUUGGAUUUCAGUUUCCCAUUUUCUUUUUUUGCUUGAAUGACACCCGGCUGCUUCAAAGUUACAAUGUAAUAUUGUACUGCUAAAUACCUAUAGAGUCUGUAAUAUCUUAUAUAUAUAUAUAUAUAUAUGAAAACUUUCC